AUGGCAGCAACAACUUGCAAACUCGUUUGCCUCCUCCUCAUCUUUGUCUUUGUCCCACAAGGUAAUGGGGAGUGUAAUGCUAAGAAUGUAACAAUUGUUCAAUACUUUAUCUAUAAUAUGAUUAAAUACGUACCGGGAAUUCAAGCUAGAGUGACGAACACUUGUCCCUGCGAAGUCAGUGACAUAAAGUUUUCAUGUGGUGGCUUUAAAUCGAGCACAACCCUUGAUAGCUCCAUGAUUAAGCAAACCGGUGAUGUGUGUCUCAUUAACAAUGGCAAUGCUCUCCUUCCCACCCAACAAAUAUAUAUCGAUUACAAUUGGUGGUCUCCCUUCAACUUCACGGUCAUCUCUGCCAAAAUCGGACGUUGCUCUUGA